AUGGACUCUGGCAUUCAGUCGCCCGACGUGGCAGACCCCUUCAUGAGCCGCUCUUGGAACCUCGAGUCCUACUACAGCGCCAUGGCUCAGCCACUCGCUGGCUCCAUGCACGCCAUCGUGCCUCAAACCUAUAUGCCAACCAAUCCGCAAAUGACAAACACAGACAUCGUCAUGAUGCGCCAGCUAGACAAUCGCAUUACUAGUCUCGAGCAACAGCAGUUCCAAGACGGACUCGACUCUCACUACCGUCAUAUGCAAACCUCGCAAUCACUCCAGUAUCUUCAGCGCCAGGUGCAGCGAUUGCAAAGUGCCAUAACCUACGACAUUCCCUCACUCCGUCUCGAAGUCUCUGAUCUCCAGGCCAGGCUGAACGCCAGAGAAAAUGAUGAUUGCACUCGACAGAUCCAGCUGGAGCCGCGAACUCACAACCAGAAGCUGGAGUCGGCAAUGAAGAACGUCAACCUGAUGCGAAUCUACGCCGGCGUCUCUUUGCAUGGCAAUGCAACCUUUGAACAAGUCUCUCUCCGAGCCGCAGAGCAGAUGGAGGCUCUGGCAAAGACUCUCCGUGGCAGGGUGUACCGUGGUGGUGCGGCUUAUCUCCUCGAGGCAGAGGAUGCCGAGGCGUGGGCCGCCAAAUUGAGAGAGGACAUCAAGCCCGCCGAGAAGCGCAAAGUUGACGAGGACUUGUGGAGAAACUGCGAGUUCUGUUUGGAGGAACAGGACCAGGUCAAUGCCGCAGAUUUCCAUGAUGUUGGCCAUGCAACUACGGACACCGAGCCUUCGAGACAUGUCGACGUAACCCUCGAGAAGAUUGCAAGCUCGAUGACACUCAAGGAGAUUGAAAGCUGGAAGGCCCCAAGUCCUCAAAGCGAAGCGACGAAGUCUUCGAGAGCGAGAAGCCCAUCGAGCGCAAAGAAACUCGGCCUUGUCCAGAACACAACUAGCACGCAUGAGGAAGCAGCUCCAUCACAGGCAUCUUCCGCGAAAGACAGCGCGCACCAAUCUCAGCGUGCCUACUCCCCAAAAGGCUCGCCAUCCACAGUCUCAAUCAAGAUUGAAGAGUCUAGCACAAGCGAGUCUAGCUUGGUGCGGCUACAAGUAGCUCAACCACAAAAGCUCGCUCUUGAUUCACAACAUGCUAUUCCGACGGUCGAAACCAUCGAGAGUUUGGUGAUAGAGCCCGAAACCAACACCGAGACGGCAAUUGGCGAUACCAUCGACAUUCCCAAAGUUGACAGGGCACAAGUGCCACCCAAGAGACUGCCACCUCAUCGCAGAUUUCCUUCUGCACAGACCGGCGCUCCCAAACUUGCAGAAGUUGAGCUCGACAUCACUGCCAGGAACGAAACACCAGCGACUCCGACGACUCCGACGACAGGCAAGUCCAAGAAAUCCAAGAGGAGAAGGACAGCAAGAGUCAGAGCCGCCGAGACUGAAGUGGUACAGACAGACCACGCAAAGUCUCCUGCUAGAACAAAGAAGCUUCCCCCUCACCGCAAACGUUUCUCUGAACAGAUUGACGCUCCUGAGCAUGAAGCUGAUGUCACAAGGAUGGAUGAAGCGUUGCCUUCGGAGGCAGUCGAGUCGAACGCAGUGCCAGCAGAUGGGAUCAAAGCAGUCAGGUUCCAAGAUGCAGUCGAGGUUGAGCAGAAACAGUUGGACCAGAACUUUGAGAAGGAUGUAUCAUCCGAUGAGCAAGAUGAACCCAUCUCUACACUGGACUUGAACUUCCAGAUCUGGCAGCCCACAUAUCUCAAGGAACUACCUCUGCUUCCAACCGACAAACUCGAAGCCAUCCCAUCAUCUCAAGAGAUGCACGGUUUCGACCGCACCUUCAUCACCACCCACCUUGGUGGCACAAAAUGGUUCCCUUCAUUCUAUACGAUUCCCGAGUCGGAGUUGUCGCUGUUGCCAGGCCGUGGUUACUUUCUGCUAGAAAACAUCACCGAGCCACUUGCUCCUUCGACACCAGGAUCCCAUGGCGGUCUUUUGACUCCAGUCCUUCGUCUUCCUGAAGCCGACGAUUCUACAGGUCCCAAACCAGAAUCUAUGCAAUCCGCCCCUCUCUUCCUCAAACGCGGAGACAAAUACAUCUAUUACGGCAUGUACUCCUACCUCCGCAGCGACCGCUGGGACAUUGAACGCUGCUCCAUCAUCCCGACCUAUCUAAAGCAGCACUGGGCCACCCAACUAACCUCNCCCCACCGACCAAAAUGGGUCACCGAUCUUCUACAACACCACCUCUUGCCUCAACCCACUUACUCUCGCCCUACAUCCUCUUCCUCCGAAGACGCCGUCCUCGAUGCCAUCACCGCUCACCAUCAAGCCCUGGACACCUGGCACAGAGACACCCAUCUCAAAAUCUCCUUUUUGCGACCAGAAACCAUGCUCGCUGCUUUCGAAGCUCCAGACACCGGUACCGAAAUGCCAGGUAUAAGGUUCUGGUGUCUGGGUCUCGAGUGUGAAGGUUGGGAUAAAGGAUUCUACGAUAUGAUGGUGCGCGAAGAAAAGGUUUGGGAAAAACAAGGCAGAAGGGAUGGAGAAAAGGAGAGAGAGGCGCACCAAAAGAUGUUGAAGAUGUUGGGAAAGGGUAAGCCGGUCAAGUGGUAG